AUGCCAUUUGUUACAAUAUUACAGUUAAUGGGAGUUAACUUAGCAACUGAUGAUGUCGAUUUGAAUCUUUAUGCUUGGAACUUUCAGUUAAAUCAGUUAAAACUUUUAUUUAGACUGUUUCAACAGCCGACAUCCAAUUAUGUAAUAUUAAAUAUGCAGAUUGUGUUCAGUCAUCUUACAAUCUUCAAAAUUAUUGCUUCAUGGUUUAAAGUGGUUUUGAUUUUUGCAUCGGAACUAGAACAAGUGGAAAGAAAACGUAAAACGUUGGAGCGAUUGCGACGUGAAGCACAACGCCGUGGCAUCAAAUUGGGGCCUGGUUCAGCAUCAGAGCCGGAUAUUGUUAUUGAACCACAACCGGAACCAAAAUCAGUUACUGAAGCAAAGUUAAGGGCUAAAUUACAAGCAAAGAAAAAGCAAAGUACUGAAUUGGAAGAUGAUAAUGGACCGCCAGUACCGGAUGAUUUGGCACCGGCUGAGCGAAUUCCACCGGUCUUGGAAAAUGAACAAACUGAAAUUGAACAGCAGCAAGAAAUGGAAAGAAAAACCUGUGAAGUAGUAACUAGUGGUGGUGGAGUUGCAGGGAAAAAAAAGAGAAAAGGCAAGAAAGGACGUGAACAACAGCAAGAACAACUGGUGAAGAAGCAGUCUGAUACAAUCAAUUCAUCUAUACGCGAAAAGCUAGCUACGAUUGCAGCACGUAAAGAACGUAUGCGAGAAAUACGAGCAAAAUUAGUACAGCCUGUUGUAGGGUCUUCUGAUAUGGAUGAAACAUUUCGUAAUGCUUUGCAGCAAUUAAAAAGUAUAACUGAAAUGCGAAAACAGUUGGAGUUAUUACAUGAAAAAGGAGCUAAAUUGCCGGAAGAAACGGCCGAAUUAUUAGAACGUCAACUGCAAGCCGAAGAUGUUAUCAGUCAAAAUGAAGCAGAAAUGCCUGAUGUAGUGAGCAUGAGACAGAGUUCUGAAACGCCAUUCAAGGAAAGUGUUGAGGCCAUGGAGGUAGUUCGUAACAAUUUUCUGGAAGUGAUGGCACAAAAAUCAGAAUCAGUUACUGGUGUAGGUACUCGUGCCGACUUAAUAAGCGAUGACCUUUCGGAUGGUUAUCAUCUUACAACAGAAGAUAGUCAACGACUGAGAAAUAUUGAACAGGCGCUACAAGAACAACGCCAGUUGCUCGAAACAAUUGCUUCUCGAAGUCAUCAGAUAUGGGAUGAAUAG